AAGAAGGGCAAGACACCGCUGGGAACGCACCUCAUCGCAGGAGGAAUUGCCGGCUUGUCGGAAGCAUGCGUCUGCCAUCCUCUGGACACCAUCAAGGUCCGCAUGCAGCUCAGCCGAAGCAGCAGAGGCAAAGGCGCACGAGGCUUCAUUGCGACAGGUGCAAUGAUUGUCAAAAAGGAGACGCCUUUAGGCUUGGGCGCAGUCAUUUCGGGCAUUGUACCAAAGAUGGCCAUCCGGUUUGCGUCAUUCGAGCAAUAUAAAGCAUUCCUCGCCGACAAGAAGACUGGCGACACAAGCCCGCAAGGCGUUUUCCUGGCUGGUCUGGGAGCGGGCACGACCGAAGCCGUCGCGGUCGUGUGUCCGAUGGAAGUCGUCAAGAUCAGACUGCAAGCGCAACAGCACAGUAUGGCAGAUCCACUCGACAUUCCAAAGUAUAGAAAUGCAGCACACGCACUCUAUCUCAUAUUGAAGGAAGAAGGCCCAAAGACGCUCUAUCGUGGUGUCGCACUCACUGCACUCCGUCAAGCCACGAACCAAGCGGCCAAUUUCACUGCAUACACGGAGAUCAAAGCCAAGGCGGUCGAAUUGCAGCCAGAGUACAAUGGCAUGCUGCCCGGCUGGCAGACUGGCAUCAUCGGUCUCAUCUCUGGCGCUAUGGGUCCCUUUACAAAUGCACCUAUCGACACUAUCAAAACGCGUAUCCAACGCGCAACAGCACUCGCAGGCGAGACAGCGUGGAGCCGCAUCACGAAAGUAGCAGGAGAGAUGUUCCGCCAAGAGGGCUUCCGCUCCUUCUACUCUGGCAUCACACCUCGCGUCGCUCGUGUCGCACCCGGGCAA